ACGGGUCAUCUUCACUUCCGACUGCGAUGUCUGAAUACUGGGUGUCUCACAAACGCUACCAUUGCAAGUACUGCAACAUUUAUAUAGCAGAUGAUGUUCCAUCCAAACAGCAUCAUGAGAAUGGAAUGCGCCAUAAAGGCAAUGUCGAACGUUUCAUCCGCGGGCUGUACAAGGCUGGCGAGAAAGCCGUGAAGGAUAAGGAAGAAGAGAAACGCGAGAUGGAGAGGAUUGACAGGGCUGCAGCCGCGGCAUUUGCUCAAGACGUAGGUGCUGGACUGGGAGGAGUUGGUUCGUCUUCAAGUGCGACUCCCGCUGCAGCACUUGCGCCGAAGAAACCUCCAACAAAACCAAGCGAUCCGUAUGCCAACUACUCAACCGCUGCGUCACUGGGUUAUGCCGACCCUGACGCGGAGCGAGCGAAAGCUGAAGCAGAUAUGAGACAGACGAUGGGUGUCGCAGGAGAGUGGCAGUUUGUUCAGCAUUACACGUCGGCAUCUCCUGCGCCGGUACAGAGUGAGGUUCCAAGCGCGUCCGAGGAUGGAAACGAGGAGACGGUAGGGUCUUCGGAGGGUGGCAAGAAACGUGAGGCCCCGGUGGAGGAUAUAGAGGACGAGCGUGUUUUCAAGCUGAGAAAGAAGACUGUCGACCUUGGCUUGGGAGAGAUAUACGACCCGGGACUUCUACAUAUCAAGCUGAAAGUGAAGAAAGAGGAGUUGGCGGAACCACAGCCUACUUCAUCAUCUUCAUCGAAGGCUGCUGUCGACGAUUUGAAAGCGGAUGCGCUACCUGCUGAUGCCCCAAAGAUGAAGAUACAGUGGAAGCGCGCAGCCUUCCAACCGGCAGUUGAUGAGCCUUCCCCUGAUGGCGUCAAGGCAGACUCCAGUGGGGAAGAUGCUCCAGAGGCGAAAGUCGAGGAGUCUGUAGCUGUCAAGGAAGAGGUUGUCAAUGCUAAAGCGGAACCAGAGCCUCAAAUACCACCCGAACCCGUUAAAAAGGAAGAAGAGAUUCCCCGUUCUCCGGAGGCUCCCGCACCCACAAGCCUCUUUCGCAAACGCAAGUUACCCACGAGGCGUUGAUUACUGAUUUUAUCAGUCCAUAGAGGGAUGCUCAUUGCUUGUCUUCAAGGUCUGUAAGGCAGUUUCACUUUGUAUAUAUGUUAACUCUCUACAAGUGUAGAAAGGAGAACUGGACGUCAUAUUUGAUCCAACACUGCUUGUAGU